CCUGGGGGCGGGGCGACGCAGCGCCGCGGGCCGGCUCAGGAAAGCCGCGGCAGCGGGGGAAGAUGGCGGCGGCUGUCCCACAGCGGGCCUGGACCGUGGAGCAGCUGCGCAGCGAGCAGCUGCCCAAGAAGGACAUUAUCAAGUUUCUACAGGACCACGGUUCAGAUUCGUUUCUUGCAGAACAUAAGUUAUUAGGAAACAUUAAAAAUGUGGCCAAGACAGCUAACAAGGACCAUUUGGUUACAGCCUAUAACCAUCUUUUUGAAAGUAAGCGUUUCAAGGGUACUGAAAGUAUAAAUAAAGUGUCUGAGCAGGUGAAAAAUGUGAAGCUUAAUGAAGAUAAACCCAAAGAAACCAAGUCUGAAGAGACUCUGGAUGAGGGUCCACCAAAAUAUACAAAAUCUGUUCUUAAAAAGGGGGAUAAAACCAACUUCCCCAAAAAGGGAGAUGUUGUUCACUGCUGGUAUACAGGAACACUACAGGAUGGAACUGUUUUUGAUACCAAUAUUCAAACAAAAGUCUUUUGCACCUGUGAUGUACUUGGAAGAGGUCUCUUCAGUUCACUGCUUAUUGGCUGGGUAAAUAAAGACCUCUUGAUAGAAGCAUCAAUGAUGAGAGAAUCAUUGAUUGGCUACAUCCUGCACAAUCCCUUCUUAGGUAUCAAAUCCACAACCCAGGCAUGUGUAUUCCUGGUUCAUAGGUUGACACCCAACCACUGAGCAACACCAGUCAGGCCAUAAUUGUUUUUGUAUCAAAAAUUUUCUUUUAAAGUAUUUUUUAAAACAUAUUUUUAUUGAUUUCAGAGAGGAAAAAAGGAGAGAUAGAAACAUCAAUGAUGAGAGAGAAUCAUUGAUUGGCUGCCUCCUGCACACUCCACACUCGGGAUCGAGCCUGCAACCCGGGCAUAUGCCCUUGGCCAGAAUCGAACUCGGGACCCUUCAGUCUGAAGGCCAAACUCUACCCAAUUCAGCUAGGGCAAGAAUAUUCUUGGUAAAUUACCUGGCUUUCUGCAUUUUUCCAAAUGCACAGUAUUAUAAGUUCUGAAAUCAAGUUACAGACUUAACCCUUUUCGGUCCAACGUGGAAGCUGACUUGACAGACCAGGUUCUAGGAGCAGGUCCAACGUCGAGGCUGAGACACGGCAAACUGGUUCAACAUUCAAUCCCAUCAAUUAAUUUGGACCAGACUGUUUGAAUUCCAGAAAUAAAAUUGGACCGCAAAGGGUUAAAUCCCUGUUUUCCCUUUGGAACUUAAUUUCAUCAUUAAUUAUAAGGAAAAUUUGUU